AAACUGGGUGGGUGCGGCUGGUGAGUUUGACACAUUGAGCGCCGUGUUUUCAUUAUUAUUUUAUGGACGCACAUCGCAGGCGAAUCGCCGUUGGCCUCCUGGUGACACACUUAACGGAUGAGCGAGUCGCGGCCAUGACCUUGUGAAAGUAUCCAGAGUGGAAUCAAGGGCUCCAGAGGAUAAAUGGCUACAAAAGCGCAGGGGAGUAAGAUUUGCCUGCAGAAGCCGUCCGUUCCGCCGAAACCGUCGCCCGAGCUUCUGAAGCAAUCGCCGGCGAGACGUUCGCUGAGGAGCAGUGCGGCGCCGUGCCUCGCGAAAAAUGCCCCCAUCAGCCCAAUCUCGGACCGGCGAGCCCCGCCCCCGCAACCCCCAGCGACUGCCCCCGGGAAGCCGUCGCUGCCAACGAGGACCGUUCCACCGAAGCCGCAACUGCUGCCAAAGCCGCAGCUGGGCGCAACCCUCGCCUCGCCCAAGAAACAGGCGCCUGUGGCUCGGCUCGACGAGUUUAACGACAAUCCCAUCCGACCCCCGAGAGGUCCCAAGGGCGUCAAGCAGCCCGGCUCGCCGCAGCUGGUGCGUCCGAAGCCGUUUUUGACUCCGCCGAGUGCGACCACCAAGGCCAAGAGCGCUAGUUUGGGCCGGGACGUCGACCAGUCAGCCUGGUUCGUGUGGCAAGGCACUCCUAUCAGGCCCCCGAGGCGCAAGGGGGCGCAUAACGGGCCCCGGACGCCCAUCUCACCCCAGCAGCUCGGCAGGAGCGUCUCCUUGUUCAACUCGAUUGAGGAUGCAGAGCGGAACAUCCCUAUUUAUGCCACCGUCAAUUACAAUCUGAAAAAGAACAGACGAGCUCAGCAGCAAACUAAAAGCGCCGACUUUCUCGACGUGAACACGCCAAAGAAUUUCAGUCUAUUUGCUAACAAUUCAGAGGAGUUGCUGGACAAGUCCGAAGACACAACGACGACAAGCCAAAGAGUUGAAAUUGUUGCUCGGGUGAAGGGAGAGUCUGUUAGUGAGGAAGAUAAGAUCUGCAGGGAAAUCGAGAAUAGUCUGGAAUUAAUGAAUCAAGAUUUACAAGAGUUGAGAAAUAGGAAUAUUAAUAAAGAAGAGCAAAGAGUGGAUAAUGUGAUUAGUCAAUCACAGGAAACUAAUCUUAUCAGCCAAAGUGAUAACGGCUGCAUGGGAAACUUUGAGUGCGGCAGCCUAGUCGAUUUGUGCGCAAAAAAGGGCGAAAAGGUAGAUGUGUCUCUGGAAACGGGAGUCAAGCGUUGCGACGAGUUGAAAGCAGAGUCAAACGAAGAUGAUAAUUCUUCUAAGCUGGAGUUUUUCUCAGCCAACACUUCUCACCACAGUAGUCUCAAUGACAUAAUGCCCGACAUUUUGGACGAGGACGGCAAGCAGCGCAGCAAGUGCGAAGACGACGAGUCCUUUGGCAGCGCGGAGAACGUGUUGCCCAGCGACAGCAACUACGUGAGCAUGUCUGACCACAGGGGAUCGCCGAACUUGAAGCAGAAGAGUCUAUCCAAGUCACUGCUGGCCAGGAAGAAGAGGCACAAGGUGAAGAAAGAGCCGGACGGCGAACUGUCGACCGGCGUGCUGGGUGAUUUGGACUCGGACACCGCCCGCUCUGUAGACGAAAUCAACGUGCAGCCCGAGGAGGGUAGGGAGAGGAAGAAUUCAAUUUUUUCGCUCAUCAGGGGCAAGCAGGGCCGCAAGUCCAAGGACAAGAAGGAGUUGAGCAAGUUUUACACAAAGAAGGAGAAGGGGCCGCCCAGUAUUGUUGUCAAUUCGGAUUUUGAAACCGAGCCAGAGGAGGAUGAAGAAGAGGAGAACCUCAGUGUCAACUCGAACUAUUCCAAACUGUCAAUUGAACCCACUGUGAGCACAAACUCCAUUAACUCUGUCAAUUCGGAGACGGACACAAAUUCGGACCUGAGUGAGGAGCAGAAACGGGCGCUGAAGGCAUUCAAAACAGCAGAGGAACUGAUGACCUCUGAGAGAACUUAUGUUGACUCGCUUAAAUUGUUGUGUGUUGAUUUCCGGUCUUACGUCAAGAUUCAGUCUGGAAAGGAUACCAAAACCCCCAUUAUUCAAGAAUCUGACCUGAACAAGAUCCUGAACCACCUACCCCAGCUGCUGGUCUUGAACGAAGACCUGCUGAGGGACCUGGAGAACAGAAUCGUCAGCUGGAACGAAAGUGAAAAGAUCUCUGACAUAAUCGUGAAGAAGGGCCCGUUCCUCAAGCUCUACACGUCGUACAUGCAAGACUUUGAGGUGCAGGUCAACUUCUUGGAUGAAUGCUGCCACAAAAACACCGCCUUCGCCAGGGUGGUACACGACUUUGAGGCGCUGCCCAGGUGCAACAAGCUGAGACUCACCCAUUACAUGUUGACGCCAGUGCAGAGGUUCACGAAGUACAGGCUGCUACUGCAACAGUACCUGCAGUACCUUGAGCAGAGCUCGCCUGAUUAUCUAGACACGCAAGCUGCGCUGCAGAUUGUCUGUGAGGUGGCUGAGCACGCUAACAAGUCGAUGCGGGAAGGGGAUGCUCUCUCCAAAAUGCUGAAACUGCAAUCGCUGCUAGGCUGUGAACUGAUAAAACCAGGCAGGGUCCUCAUCAAGCAGGGCGAAUUGCAGAAGAUCUGUCGAAAGGGCAUUCAGCCUCGUUAUUUUGUUUUGUUCAGCGACUGCCUAAUGUACACCUCAUACCAUGGCUCAGGAUUGCUUAACGGGCUUAAAAUGAAUUUGGAAAUUCCCCUGCAAACUGUGCAGGUCAAAGUGUCAUCCACCGAAGACUACAAGAACGAGUUCAGCAUUAUUAGUAUUAAGAGGAGCUUUACAUUAGUUGCUAGUUCCGCCAAAGAAAGGGACGAGUGGGUGGCGGUGGUGCAGGCCGCUGUCAAGGACAAGGUGAGCAAGCAGCAGUCGUUCCAGCAAGCAAGGUUGAUCGCCGAAGGCCUCAACCGGCCGAUGACCACGCUGGGCCACACGGCCCCUCUCUGGAUCCCAGACGACCGGGUGACCACAUGCCAGAACUGCGCGGUCAGGGAAUUCAGCCUGACGCACCGGCGGCACCACUGCCGAGCGUGCGGCUAUGUCGUCUGCGGAGAGUGCUCGACUAACAAGGCGCUGCUCAGGUACAUCCAGUACCAGGCGGCCAGGGUGUGCGACAAGUGCUACGACAUCUUGCAGAAAGAGUUCGACGACCCUUUGUUUUCAUUGCCGGCUGAUUUGUCCAACGAAGCCAUCAACGAAAUUAUGGAGAACGCAAAAAUUCAUUACAAGAAAACUCUGCCAAGUUCAAAGAAGGGCAAGGCGCAAGCAGUUCCUCAAAGACUAUUAGAAGUUACAGCAAUGGAAACCGAGUGCACAAUGAAAGGCUGGCUGCAGAGGCUGGUGAACCGUUCAUGGAAGAAGAUGUGGUUCGUCCUGAAGGAGCAGGUGCUCUACGCUUAUAAGGCCUCUGAGGAUGUUGUUGCCAUUGAAACCACUCCUGUACUGGGCUUUAUUAUUGAAAGACCAGACCACAUGGUGGAGGGUGUGCAUCCUGACCUGGUCUUCACCCUCAGUCACCAAACCGCAAGCCAUCUGCCUCAACAGGCGCAGUCGAGUGUGCCCAAAAUGGUUUUCCAUGCAGAGUUUAAGGAUUGCGCUGACAGAUGGGUUGAAGCAUUUAAGAUGGCAACUGUUCUGAACUAGAAGAAUAUUUAAUCUGCGUAAUCAAAACUAGUGCCCCAGCCGUAUCUGUUUGAACAUUAUUUUGCUGACGGUGCCAAUCAUCGACGAAUCUGAUUUCCUAUACACAGCCUUGGCAGCUGCAUAUCAUCACGCAUAGUCAAUUGAUGUCCGACAGAGUAGGUUUUCAUAGUCACUGCUUCUGCCAACGAGACCUUAGAGAUUAUGUCUGAUUCUGUGCGAUUAGUGAUUCUAGCAAUACUUUGAUUUUUUUAAGUCAUGUACAGCACAUUACAAGUUGACUGUUUUCAGCACUUAUAUAUUAUCAAGACAUUUUGCCAUAGCUUUAUUGCAGUUAAAAAGAAAUUAUACUGUUCUGAGUCGUUCUGACCGUUGCAUGUCUUUGCAUUAGCCUUAAAAUUUAUUAAAAAUGUUCGUUCCUUCCUGUUGAAAAGAUGUUUAGUCAAAGCUGGAGCUCUGAAGAGGUUUAGAAUUUUGUGAUUGAAGCUAAUGCGUAAAUGUGUUUUUUAAUCAUGUCAUUGUACUGGAACAUUUAAACAGUGUGAUAUUCUUACUAUGUUUCAUUAAAGUUUUAGAUAAAUUCUAA